UGCGGCCAGGAUAUUUUUGUUCGCGCCCCUCGCUUGUGCAUUAUGGCUGGCAUUCGGUGUUAGUUCCCUGUUGGAUUUGUUUAGGGACGUCUGGUCGGAACUAACUCGGAAGGUUUCCUCUUCGGUUGUUGCAUUGGAUUCCUGGCUUGGAUCGUCGGUUGUCGGAUGGUGUAGACAAUGCAGCCAGGCCGUUGUCGUUAUGAGUGAGGGGAGCAAAGCUGUCGGCAGUGACGCUGUGCUACCUGAGGGGCCAGUCGGAGGGGUCCCACAAGCUAAGCCGCUCCACAUCCAGAGAUUAGAGAAGGCAAUCUGCCUCGAGCCCUACCUGGCUUACGUUGAGAAAGUCCUCACUGCCUCCACACCUGAGCACAGUCAGGAGGAACUUUACAAGGAAGAGAUUGGUCGUGAUGCCGUCCCUCCAGACGACGAAGCCCUCAAAGAAGACGACAACCGAGACAAAGACAUAAAAACAGUCCACGGUCUGAUCACCUCCAGAGCAGAGAGGAAGGCAGACCGCAGACGCUUGUACAAUUUGUGUAAAGUGAAGAAGAGCAGACGUUGGUUAAAAAACAUCCUCCUGAGUGACUCGUCCGAUUCCUCAGCUGCUGAAGAAGAGGAGGAGGACAAACCGUUGACAGCUGAGGAGCUGAAGGAGAUGAUACAGCUCCAUCGCUACAAACGACAGUGCCAAAGCAAGUUCUAUACCGAGGGGGAGCUGCAGCAGUAUCAGUACUACAGCACCGGGCUCUUGUCCAGCUACGACAACUUCCUGGACCAUAAGAAGCUGGUCUUGGGUCCCAAGGAGAAGCAACUCAAGAAAGAGAAAGUUUCACCUUCACAAAGUGUCCCAAUAAUGCCAGAGGAACAGCCAGAACCAGAGAAAUUGAAGAAGGUGACUCCCAAACCCAAAAAGAAAGUGGAGACCAAGGAGAAACAAGACGUCCAGGUGCGGGCAACACCGCCUGCCCUGGUCAGCGUGGCUACAUCCGUCGCUCACUUCCAAGAUGCUCUGAACCACAAGAAGCUGAUGGCCAUCAAGGAUGUGGAGGCCAGACGACGUCGGGUCUGGCACGCAAUCAUCAGGAAAGAUAUUCCCAAGGCACAGAAGCAUCGGACGUCGGUCCACAACAACAUCCUGACCAAUGCCCGCAAGCUGGCCCAGGCCUGCCAGAAGGAGCAGCGACGCCAGGCCAUCGCCUCGCAGCGAGUCUGCAAAGAAACCCCCCACCGAGCCCGCCGCAUGACGCGGGAGAUGACGGCCUACUGGCGCCACUAUGACAAGGUGCAGAAGGAGCAUCGUAAGAAGGCGGAGAAGGAGGCGCAGGAACAGCGAAGACUGGAUGAUGAGAUGAGAGAGGCAAGAAGACAACAGCGCAAACUCAACUUCUUGAUCACCCAGACGGAGCUGUACGCCCACUUCAUGAGCCGCAAGCUGACCGGGGAGGGGGAAGAGCAGAAGGAACAGAUCCUGAGCCGCUUGGAGGACCACACCCCUAGACGUCAGCUCACCAUCCAGGGAGGGGUGCUGGUGGAUGUGGAAGAAGAUGACUAUGAUUGUGACUUUAUGAAGCAGCAGGCUCUGUCCAAUGUGUCGUUGGCCUACACCACCCACCAGGAGAGACAGCAAGUCUUUGAUGGAGACGAUCCCAAGCCAGAAACUACCCCAUCUCAGCAAGCAUUUGACAAAGAGUUCAGUCUGAGCAACCCGGCGAUGCUGUCGGAGUCUGAGCGUCCCCAGCCGUCCAUGUUCAGGGGCCAGCUGAAGAGUUAUCAGCUGAGAGGGAUGAACUGGCUAGCUAACCUGUACGACUGCAGCAUCAAUGGCAUCCUGGCUGAUGAGAUGGGGCUUGGCAAGACGGUGCAGAGCAUCGGCUUCUUGGCACAUCUAGCUGAGAGCCAAGGAAUUUGGGGUCCCUUUCUGAUUGUUGCCCCGGCCUCAACGCUUCACAACUGGCAGCAGGAGUGCGCUCGCUUUGUUCCAAACUUCAAGGUGCUUCCAUACUGGGGCAACCCCCAGGAGCGUCGGAUCCUGCGCAAGUUCUGGAGCCAGCGGCCUUUACAGACCACGGACAGCGAGUUUCACAUCCUGAUCACCAGCUACCAACUGGUCAUCCAGGACAUCAAGUACUUCCAACGCAUCAAGUGGCACUACAUGAUCCUGGACGAGGCACAGGCCAUCAAGAGUAGCUCCAGUGUGAGGUGGAAAUUACUGCUUCAGUUCAGCUGUCGGAACAGACUGCUCCUCACUGGCACACCCAUCCAGAACAGCAUGGCAGAGUUGUGGGCACUGCUUCACUUCAUCAUGCCGACGUUGUUUGACAGCCACGAUGAGUUUAAUGAGUGGUUCUCUAAGGACAUAGAGAGCCAUGCGGAGCGACAGUCUGGCAUCAAUGAAGAGCAACUAUCCAGACUUCACAUGAUCCUCAAGCCGUUCAUGCUACGACGAGUCAAGAAAGACGUGGAGAAUGAGCUCUCUGAUAAGAUUGAGAUCCUGGUAUACUGUCACCUGACGACCAGACAGCGGUUGUUCUACCAAGCUCUUAGGAAUAAGAUCUCCAUUGAGGACCUCUUACAAUCCUCCUCCUCAUCAUCCUCAUCAACGUCUUCAUCAACCUCUUCUCAGUCACUGAGCACGGCCAACAGUCUCAUGAACCUCGUCAUGCAGUUCAGAAAGGUUUGUAACCACCCAGAGCUGUUUGAGAGGCGAGACUCAUACUCCCCAUUCUACUGUCAACUAGACCCCCCUGUACAUAUCCUACCUCGACUGAUCUACCACGAGGGUAUGGUGGAUUGUAUGGACACCACAAGAAACAAACUGCUCCGCAGCACCUUCUCAGUCUUCACCCCCGACUACAUCCACACCUCCCUGGCUCCGUCCCCCUCCCACCGCCCACGCAGCUCUUGUUUCUCCUUUGCCCGUUUCGUGGACGUCUCGCCGGCCCAGCUCCACAGCCAGCUGGUCAUGGGCCUGAUGGCCCGCUGGCUGGCCCUGUUCCUCAUCAUGAAGUCUGCCUACAGGGUCCAUCAUGGGUACCAGUGGGCAACGGACAAAGACCACUCUAGAUACCUGAGCAGACGUAGCCUGCUGCUCUGGCCCUGUUGGCCCACCAGUCCCCCGAACGUCGCCACCAGCCAGCCCUUCCAAGACCUCAUAUUCACCGGCCACACUUCCACCCUAGUCUCCCACGACACCCACACCUACUACUUCAUGCCCGAGACCCACUGGCAUCGCCGGAUCCGUCUUGGUGGGGUGCAGGACUCGGACAGCGCCUCGGUGAACGGGGAGGGGACUCCAGACAGGCAGUCACCGCGGAGUCCACGCAGCAGCGGCGGGAGUCCCCGUAGCCCGAGGAGCCCUAGGAGUCCAGCAGCUGCUAGGAAGGUCCGGCAAGGCAACAGUAGCCACAAUGUGAGCGGACUCCUAUCCUCUGGUCACUUCCUACCGAUCAUGUCAGACCGACCCUCAGCCGUCCGAAUCUGCAGUCCUACGCUGCUACCAGACUUCAUCUCUCACUAUAUGCCAAAGGUUCUCGCUCCAUCAAUGGGCCGCUACUGCCGCGAUCGACAGGCAGAGUACGACCGCAUACGGCAAGAACUUGGUGGUUCCUUGGAUGCCUGGCAGUGCGCCCUUCAUGGAUCGCCGGAUCACUAUCGGGACAGCCUCAAGGGGGCGCUCUUCCCUCCACCCCUGGCUGGAAUGAGAGCAGUCAGGCCGCCCCACGGCUGGUCCAAAAUUCAUAUCCCAGACAAACAGUAUUUAGUGACGGACUCAGGCAAGCUGUACGUCCUGGAUGAGUUACUGACAAGACUCAAGAGGCAGGGACACCGAGUCCUCAUCUACUCACAGAUGACUCGCAUGAUCGACCUCCUUGAGGAAUUCAUGUGGCAUAGGAAGCACACUUACAUGAGACUGGAUGGUUCGUCCAAAAUCUCAGACCGUAGAGACAUGGUGGCUGACUUCCAAAGCAGGUCGGACAUCUUCGUUUUCCUGCUGAGUACCCGGGCCGGCGGGCUGGGCAUCAACCUGACAGCCGCCGACACGGUCAUCUUCUACGACAGCGACUGGAACCCCACGGUAGACCAGCAGGCCAUGGACCGGGCCCACCGGCUGGGUCAGACCAAGCAGGUUACCGUGUACCGGCUAAUCUGCAAGGGAACCAUUGAGGAGAAGAUCCUACAGCGCGCCAGAGAGAAGAGUGAGAUCCAGCGAAUGGUCAUCACUGGCGGUCAGUUCAAACCGGAGCAGCUGAAGCCCAAAGAGGUGGUCUCCCUCCUGCUGGAUGACGAAGAGAUUGAGAGGAAAUUUCAUGAGCAACAGCGUGAAAAGAAGCUGACUGAGGAACGGAACCGCGCCAAAGACCGCAAGCGCAAGAGGGAGAAAUAUGCGGAAAUGAAGAAAGAAGCGGUCAAGAAGAUAAAGUCGGACACGUUGCCCGGUAUUCCUCUGGGAUCACUGGCUCCGGACAGUGCCAAUGUGUCAGUGGAUGGUGAGGACUCUAUACUGAGUAUGGAUUCAGGAGCCCCAAGCCCGCUCAGUGUGGUGUCUGUGGGAAGUGAGACACAGCAUCAGUCGCAGACGUACACGCCAGUCUCCAUUGAUGAGAACAGUAAUGACGGGCUUGUUAUCGCUGAUGAGCAGUCACAGUUGGGAGACGGGGAACUAGACGAUUCGGCCAGGCCCCAUCUACCGGGAUCAGGGAAGCGUGGUGGGGCGUCACAGGGAGGCAAGACGACCCCCUCACCGGGCACCAAGAAGCUCCAGAUUAGGCCAGGCAGGGCGCGCAAGGGCACCGGAGCGGCGGCUAUCGCUGGAGCCAGGGCAGGGGCAGUGGCUGGAACAGCAGCGGCCUACGCGGCCUAUGGCUUCUCCUUCAAAGGUAAGGGUAGGCGAUCAAGUAUCCUCAGUAUCUGA